AUGGUCCCCAAGUUCAUGAUGGCAAAUGGCGAAAUUGUCAACAUGCUUGUGCACACGGACGUGACUCGAUACCUUGAAUUCAAGCAGAUCAGUGCGAGCUAUGUGUAUCGAGACAAGCGUAUUGCUAAGGUUCCAAGCACCGAAAUUGAAGCUGUGCGGUCACCUUUAAUGGGUCUUUUCGAAAAGCGACGUGCAAAGCGGUUUUUCGAGUUCUUGCAAAAGUGGCGCGAUGAAGAUCCUUCGACUCAUCAGGGUAUUGAUCUCGAUGAGUGGCCCAUGGAGAAGGUUUUUGCUCACUUUGGUCUUGAGCCUGGUACUCGCGACUUUAUUGGUCAUGCCAUGGCCUUGCACCUCGAGGAUUCGUACAUGAAGCGUCCAGCACGUGAGACGUACGAGCGGAUUUUGCUUUAUAUGUCGUCCAUGGCGCGUUACGGUAAAUCUCCUUACAUUUAUCCGCUGUAUGGACUUGGUGAACUACCACAAGGGUUUGCACGCCUUUCCGCAAUCCAUGGCGGCACCUAUAUGCUUGACAAGCCCGUGGAUGAAAUUGUCGUUGAUAACAAGGGCCACUUUGUUGGCGUGCGUAGCGGUGACGAGACCGUGAAAGCUAAUCUGGUGGUUGGUGAUCCUAGCUAUUUCCGUCAGGUUGGAGGCAAGUCGCUUGUGCGUGAAACAGUGAAAGUCGUACGUGCGAUUUGUAUCCUGAAGCACCCUAUUCCGAACACCGACAAUUCAGACUCAGUUCAACUGAUCAUCCCACAGAACCAGGUCGGUCGCAAGAAUGAUAUAUACAUUGCAGAGGUGUCAUCGGCCCAUAACAUUUGCGCAAAAGGCAUCUAUGUGGCACAAGUGUCUACGAUCGUCGAGACUGACAAGCCAGAGCUAGAACUGCGACCUGGCCUGGACCUACUAGGCGAAAUCCUUGACAAAUUUGUGACUGUCGCUUCACUCGAGGAGCCGUUGGAUUCUGGUCGUGACAGCAACAUUUACAUUACUCGCUCGUACGAUCCGACUUCUCACUUCGAGACGGUCGUCGAGGAUAUUCAUGACGUAUGGCGCCGCAUGACUGGCCAUCCAUUGGUUCUUAAGAAGCGCCAAGAGCAAGAGGAAGACGGUGCGCAGGUCCAGUCGUAA